GGCCUCGGCGAUAGCCUUUCUCCGAAAUUUCGACUCGUCCCACAUCCUCCGAAAUGUCUCGCUAAAACCCUCCGGUGAUGGCCCCAGGUGCCUUAGAAAGAUAUCAAAGGUAUAUCUUACUCCUUGGAGAGUACUUAUCUUUCAUAUCCAGUUCAAGUUUAACAACUGUUUAGAUAAGGAGAGCUGUAGCCGUGUUCAGCUUUGUAUUCAACAUCUGAGAUCAAGCUCAAAUUCACUAUCAUGGUGACAAGGACAUUGUACAAAUACAAUAAAUCCUAAAAUGUUGUAGACACAUUUAUAAUAUACAAGCCCUUCCAUGGCAUUCUCAAAUCCAGCAAGGGCAAAAGAUCUUCCAGAUGGUGGCUUUGCCUUCAGUAGUUCUAUUGAUGGACUAAGUGACAUUCCUCUUCCAGGUGACUAUGUACCCCCUGUAAGCAGUAACUCAUCAAAUUGUACGCUAUACACAGCAGCAAAUCAACCUGAAGAGGGCCAUCUAAGCGAUUUACCUCCAAAUAACUUUAGUGAUUUUGGUGAUCACAGUGAAAGAAUAAAUGCUCCACAUAAUGAAACAAGUUAUCAGGAUGUAAGAAGGCUGUCCAGUCAAAGUGACAAUAGUGAUGCCCGUCAAUCAUUUUUGGAUUUGGACCAGCAGUUUCUUGAGGAAGUAUACAGACAGCGUGAAACAGAUGAGGGAUGGGACAGCUACUUUGACCUCUUGAAUGAAAUGAUUGAAAAUGAGAAAAGUAAAGGAAUGCCACAAUCCCAGACUGGAUUCACAUAUGUACCCAAAAAAGCACAGGACUACUAUGGCUUAGAUAGCUUUGAUGUGAUUAAUCACAGCACCCAAUCAAAAACUCCACUCUCUUCUAUGGAUUAUGGAUUAGGGAAGGUUCAAAGUUCCAAGGACUCUCACUCUCCCAGCGUUAAUUCAGAAGAAGGUCUCUAUUUCUCUAAUGGAAAGUGUUAUGUUGGUAAGCCAUCACCUGAGAAUAAGCCAUCUGGAAAGGCCCAAAACCCUUCCAUGGAUAAAUCAGAAGAAGACUUUUACAGGAACUUGAGGUACUACUUUGCAGGUGGUAAAGUUAAAAGUAGAAGAGUUACAAAGGAACAAGAGGAGAAAUUGAGUAAGAGGCCCUCCCCUGGAGAAAGAAUGGGUGGAGUUGCCAAGGAACAAGAGGGGAAUUUAAGUAAGAGGCCUUCACUUGGAGAAAGUACAACCUCACCUGAAGAAAGUUCAAGUGGAGUAAAGAAACCACCAUCUGUGAGUGAUAAUAAUGGCGAACAAUCAUUUGGUAUAAGGGCAGCUGAAAAACAGUGUAACACUUCCAGGAAAUCACCUUCGGAGAGUAAUUCAUCGCCCUCUUUAGAUGCAUUGAAUGCUGAUAGUACCCAAAGGAUUCCAAAGGAGCAAUUUCCAAGGAAAAGUACUACAAACACACAGUGUAAUGGUUUUGCAAGCAACCAUGAUAGAGUCAACAAUUCUCAGUCACCAUCUGAACAGCCUCUUAACCAGGCCAAUGGCAGUGAGCCCAGGAAACAAAAAAAGCAAUUUCCAAUGGAAAGGACUACAAACAUACAACCUAAUGGUUCUGGGGAUAACCAUGACAGAGAAGACAAAUUUCAAUCACCACAUUACCAGGAACAUGGUACCCAGACCAAUUCAUGGGCAUUUCCAGGUGGAGUUUUAGGUGGGAAUAACUGUGAAGAUAGUGGUAUUGGAUUUACUAACUCACCAUCAUCAUCUGAAGGUUCACCUUCCCCAGUGAGGCAAGAAGGAGCUAGCCAGGGUGCUAGAAAUGGGAAGGAUACUUCCAAGCAGAAACAUGAUUUAGCUUCAGAUAAAAGACUACCACACACUAUUAAGAACUUGUCCUGGGCUGAACGACAAAAAAAGAAGAAAUCUGCCAGGCAACCACCCCAGGCAAGGCCUAAAGUGGAGCCUAAAAUUGCAGAUUGUGCUGGCAAUAAUUUGGACAACAAGGAUGAUGAUGAUGACUAUGUCAGACCUGACCCGUCAAGUGUGACAUCAUCAAGCAAGUCUAAGAAGAUGCCCACCUCAAUUGGCAUGAAGGAACUUCUGGACUUGGCCUCCCAGUCAGGUAAAGAGGUGUGCUGCAAGAUUGGCAAGGGAGUGAUCUGGGUGCUAUACUACAUACUUGUCCUUGUUGUUCUGCUUAUGCUAUUUAUUGUAGCAUCGUCAUACCAGCUUGGGCAGACGAUCUACUUCAAAACAAGAGAUUUUAUACAGUCACUGCCACUUGCUGACUCCGCCAGAGAGAAAAUAUGGUAUUGGAGGAGUAGAACCAUGCACUUUUACCUUCUUGCCAAGAGCGCACUUGUAAAGAGACUAAAAAAGGAACCUAAGACCUACAAUUUACCAAGCACUGGAAAUGAUGCUAUCUUACAGAUGCUGUCUAGGAGACAUGGUGAUCCUUACAGUAUACUUGGUGUUCCUCCUGAAGCCAGUGAUGAUGACAUAAAAAGACAGUAUAGGAAACUAGCUGUCCUUAUCCACCCAGAUAAGAAUGCUGAUCCACAGGCAGCUGAGGCCUUCAAGAUUCUAGCAAGCGCAUUUGAAGUCAUUGGUGACACAGAAAAGAGGAGAGAAUUUGACACCAAACAUGCAAAGAGUGACCUUAACUCUCAGAGGGAUAAAACCUAUGCCAGCCCUGCAGAGAUGUUUGCUGACUUGAACAAGAAGAUGAAAGAGAUGCGUGAGUCGCUAGGGUGUGAAGCCUGCGGUGGUCGACAUCCCCGAGUGCCAACCAACAGGACCCUCUACAAUGCUCGCUUCUGUGCUGAGUGUAACACAAGGCACCCUGCAAGAGAGGGAGACAUCUGGUUAGAAGCGACAUAUCUUGGGGUGGUGAACACAUUCUAUGCAUGUAUGGACAACAAGGUGUAUGAUGUCACAAAGUGGGCAACCUGUCAGGGCUUUCAAAUACCAGCCAAUACUCACCGGUCACCAGCAAGAUUACACACCCAGGCCCAACACCACACCCCGCCACACCAGUCGAGGUCAGAGGGGGAUCUAUUGGAUGAUCUAUUGCGUGAUUUGUACAGCAAAUACCGAGAUCACAACUCUGAUUCAUCCAGAGGCCCGCGGAAACAGCAGCGCCAACGACGCCGUAAAAAGCGCUAGAGUCCAUUGUCUUGCUAUUGGUACGGAUGUGCAGUACAAACCUCACUGUAAAUGUUCUUCCGAUUUAGACCCAGUACACAUCUCAUUGUCAAUGUUAUUGAUAGGUAUAUACUGGGAUGUUAUCAAAUAUUAGCUUAUAUGGUGUGGGUUUUACACGUCGGCAAACACUACGUAAAUUCUUGCUUGUACUACGCGGGUUUCGAUGCACAAAGUAAGGGUUAUAACUCUCCUCGCGUAGGGGACCAUCCUGGCAUUAGACCUUUGAACAACAUACAGUGCAUAUGUAAUACAGUUUAUACAGUCUCUAUACGCAAGUUCUGAAUCUUGAACUGGAAACUGGAAGACUUAUAAGACCUCCUUAUCUUAUUCUUUACACCAUAAUUGGAUAACAGUGCAACUUAGGGCCCCAACUUAGAUCUUAAGAUAUUAAACUGAACUGAAUUGUACUCAAUCUAACAACCUGCGUCCCUGAAAUAGUUGCUGUACAUGAAGUUACUUUUGUAGAUACUAAAAAAAUACUCAAUACGAUCAAAAUUUGAAAUAUUGUACAGAAAGGUAAAUAAGUUACUUAUUUUACAUUAAUUGUGAUAUUAGAAUUGUUAUGUUUGUAAAGAAUCCUGUUAAAGUGGUGCAGAAAAUAAAUAAUCGUUUUUUUCCCCCA